UGUCUCAUAUUCGUUUACCCGGACUGCAUUGCACAACCAUGGGCAGUGUAUUGGCUGCCAGCUCCCCAAAUCCACCACCUGCUUCAGGGGGUGGAGCUACCCAGGGAAGUCCUGGCCUGGUGUCUGUACCCCCAGGAUUCACCAUGCCCCCGGUGUCUCCUCUCCCUCCGUCCCCUGGCACCACAGGCCAGCCUAGUGCAGAAAGUGACCCCCCCCUCCCCAACCCAGGCACUUUUGAGGAGUGCCAUCGGAAGUGCAAAGAGGUCUUCCCAGCUCAGAUGGAGGGUGUACGAUUGGUAGUGAACAAGGGCUUGAGUAAUCACUUCCAGGUCAGUCACACGAUUACUCUAAGCACCCUGGGAGACUCGGGCUACAGAUUCGGAUCCACGUACGUAGGAAGCAAACAGACUGGACCUGCUGAGUCUUUUCCGGUUCUGGUGGGAGACAUGGAUAACACAGGCAGUCUCAAUGCACAGAUCAUCCAUCAGCUGACCACCCGCGUGCGCUCUAAAGUGGCCAUGCAGACACAGCAGCACAAGUUUGUAAACUGGCAGUGUGAUGCAGAAUACCGCGGAGAUGACUUCACCGCUGCUGUAACCCUUGGCAACCCAGAUGUCCUCGUUGGCUCUGGUAUCAUAGUAGCUCACUACCUCCAGUCUCUGUCCCCUGCCCUGGCACUUGGAGGAGAGCUGGUUUACCACAGACGGCCUGGUGAGGAGGGCACUGUCACAUCACUGGUGGGCAGAUACACAGGCAGUAACUAUGUUGCCACGAUGACCAUUGGAGGAGCUGGUGCACAUGCAUCGUAUUACCACAAAGCCAAUGAUCAGUUGCAGGUUGGGGUGGAGUUUGAGGCGAGUACAAGGAUGCAGGACACAAGUGUAUCUUUCGGUUAUCAGCUGGACCUACCCAAAGCUAACCUACAGUUUAAAGGUUCAUUAGACAGUAACUGGGUCGUCGGGGCCACUUUGGAAAAGAAGCUGGUUCCGCUGCCGCUCUCGCUGGUUCUCGGUGCCUUCCUCAACCACCGCAAGAACAAGUUUCAGUGUGGCUUUGGAGUCACAAUCGGUUAAAACAAACAAACAAACAAGAAAGAGCGGCAUAAACAGCAGAUCGGACACGCGGCCCAUCCGAACCGAACCGAACCUCAGCCUCGCUUGGACUGAUGCAGACAGACACCGGGACAUGGACCAACAAGUGAAGAAAAAAAAAAAAUAAAAAAUAAAAAAAUAACGGACUUAAAGACUCCUAAAGACAGGACAUUUGAGCUCCUACAGGGAAGGACCAGGUCAAAGACCAGGCAGGACAAGUCAAGUCAGGUCCCAAGAACUCAACAUCUUAUCUAUGUGCAUGAGUUUAUCUGGUAAACCAGACAGGCUCACCCGUGACAGUUAGGCAAGUUAUUGUUUAUUAAUGCACUUCAUGUGAUUCAAGUAUGUGAUCAGAAAAAUAAG